GACUCGCUCCAGAAACACACCUCUUUAGUUUGUACCCGUUUGGCACCACACUUCUGCAGGCUUUACGCAGUUUGUGAGAAUAAUGUCUUAGGCUUAGGUUGUGCAGUUUAACCUAUAUGACCGUCAUUCUUUCGACAACGAUGUAAUGUAUAAACACUACUGGAGGAGCUGCAGAUGAAAGAAAUAGCAAAACACAUCGGAUCGGAAGUUUAUGGUGUAGUAAAGCUUUGUCGUACACUGGAUAUGGCUUGUUCUACCACACACAGCCAGGAAAAUACAUCCUCAGGAGAAUCAGAUGAUGAGCUAUUUUUUGUUGGGGUGUCAGAUAUCUCAAAGCAAGUGUCCCCUCUGAACCAUAGAGACAAAGCAUGGUCAAACCCCAAACGAGAGAGAAAGCCUGUGAAAAUUCGUCCACCUAGUCCCACAUCGCCACAACAGAGACCAGCAGGCCGUAGUUUCUCCUGUGAACCCCCUCCCAAGCCCAUCAUCCAUAGACGGGCCCAGUCUCUACCGUCACCUUCAGAAAGGCGGCGGAUGAGUGGUAGAAUUGGGGUCCGAUUUGUGGACUCACUGGGAAUGGACCUAGAAAAUGUUAAGGUUUUCAGAAGUGGAGAAGACCCGUUUGUACCGGAACACGUUUUGUUUAGACUUUUGAUGAACGCAGAGCUAGCAGCCAAUAAGAGCUUGGAGAUUUCCCUACCCUAUUUGAAACCUGUGUUCCCUGAGCAACCUGGUGACUGUUCAAAUUUCCUGGAACGUUUGUGUAACCAGCAAGUGUGCUUGGAACGCGUUUUAUGCUACGAGCCUGGCAUCAUUGGGAUUGUCCAAGUGGUCAACCUGGCCUUUGAGAAAGAGGUUAUCGCUCGUUACUCUUUCACAAACUGGAAAAGCUGUGCUGAGAUCAAGGCUUGCUGGGUUGCCAAUAAAUACUUGGAAGGCCGUUCCUGUGACAGUUUUCGGUUCCAUCUCCCAGUUCCACCGUUCAUCCUACACCCUGGAGCUGUGCUGGAGUUUGCAGUCUGCUAUAAAGUGCAGGGCACUCAGUUUUGGGACAACAAUGAGGGACAAAAUUACAAGUUAGUCUGCCAGAGCUACAAAAUCCCUGUGCCCAAGGAAUGUGAAGAUAGCAUGAUACAUUUUGUGUGAGCAUUCUGAAUCAGUGUAUGUACAGUAUAUGCUCAGUGGCCACUUUAUUCACUACAUCUGCCUUUUAAUUUGGUAAACUUAUAUACUGUAGAUGCACUUUGUAGGUAUACAUUUAGUGAAUGUAGUCCAUCUUUUGUAAUUCACAAUUUGCUAAUCAGCUUUUCAUCAGUGUAAAGGGACUGUCACGAGAAGGAUAAGAUAUUAUUUGGGUGGUGGACCAUUCUCAGCACAUUAAUGACACUAACAUGAUCGUGGCAUGGGUUUUUUUUUUUUUUUUUUUGGGGGGGGGGGG